GCCGGACGGCAGCGCGCACGUCUCCCUGGGGCGGCCUGCGCAUGCGCACCCCGCGCCAGGGCCGUCUCACCACCCAUGCUAACAUCAACACCGUCGAUGGCGUCUAUACCUGACUCCCAGUAAACAUUCUCAGAGAAUCCAAUAUCACAAAAAAACUAAUAAUAUUCCCUAACAAUGAAGCAUACUUUAGUGCAGGUGAACACAAUUAGUUGACCAGGGUGUCAAGUGCAACAACUAACCAUGUUUGGGAGACCCGUGAUUGACGGUAGACAAGAUCAACCUUUACCUAAUCUGAGUGUGAUGAACAAACUCCAGCGUCGCCCGCCGCGUCCUGACGCCGUCACCAACACCAGCUUCAGCAGCAGGAGCAGCAGAGCGACCCGCGGCCAGCAGACGGGGCUAUGGACGGGAUGCUUCAACAUGGUCGUGUCCCCCGCCGUCGACUCCUACUGGGCCGACUGCCUCCGCUACACCUGCUCCAUACAACGGAGGUCCGAGUUUAGGACCUCAGAAACCAACGGCAAAAGGAGUGGGUCUGCGGCCGUCGUGGUGUCCCAGCAGCGCCUCCCUCGAAUUCUGUCGUCCGCUCGGCCCGGCCACAAGCCUCGCGCAGUGCUCUCUUUCAUCAGGUGGGAGCAGCGACACAGGGACCUCCGAGGGCUCCUGGCGCAAGCCCUCCACGACAAUCGACACUUCGCUGAGGGCUACAUCCUCAACGCCAUAGAGGCCGACGCUUCCGAGGAGAUGGGCGAGCCGCUGCUGUGGUAUCCGGUGGCUCACUUCGCUAAGGACUUGCGGUUGGGUUUGUCAAGGAAGGAGAGCCGAGGACAGGACAGGAAGGCCCUCGGCAACAAUUUCACCUUGCUUCAAGACAGCUACUACGAGCACGCUAAACUGACCCUAAUCCUGGAGGCGGGAGGCAUGGCGUGCGGUGGUCGCUCGUCGCCACAGGGGUCAGGAGGAGAGUGGCGGGUGAAACACCUGCUGGUGCUGGCCUACAAGGCCCUGGAGGACUCCACCGACCCCCAGUUGCUGGACGGCUGGGUGCGCUGGUCAGGGGCGUGGGAGGCCUAUACUCACCUCAGGGACAAGAAGCUCCCUGUCUCCACCAUCACUCUGUACGUCAGAGAGAGUGGGAGCUCGUCGAAGGCGCCGCCGCGGGUGCCGAAGGAAACGUUCAAAUACGUCGUGCUGCUGGAGGUGUUGACGUCGUCAGCCGGCGAGCAGCAGCAGCUGCGGGCGGCGACGCAGCGGCUCCGUGUGGAACGUUGGAGCGGGUACACCGGCGUCUACACCCUCCACACUCUCCAUGACUUCACCGAUAACUUCGCCUGCAGCAGCAGCAGCAUCAGCAGAGUCGUGGGAGAUAUCUCGUGAUCUAUGAAGUAGCAUCAGUAGAGUUGUUGGGGAUAUCUCAUCACUGAAUCAGCUGUGGCUCAAAUGGCAUUCAGUUGCAAGCUGAUAUUCUCUGAUAAAGCCUCGACCCGCUGGUGUUCCCUACGUAUAUUUUCUGCUCGGAAGACCUGUAGGUAAACACACCUUAAGGAAAAAAAGGGCAGAAACAGUACGAGUAAAAGACUUGAGAUAUAGACAUAAUCCGACCACCCUUUCUGUGCUACUUCUUCGUUACUCCGUUCGAAUAUAAGCAAGUCACCCUACCUAUCGAGUCCGAUGCAUAGAAACCGUAGAUAUUCGCAAGCAGUCACUUGUCAUAAUAAAAAUACAUAUAUAACGUCGAUAACCGUAACAUAAAAAACGCGACCGCUUAGUUGUGACGACCGGUAACUGAUAUAAAAACCAAAUUGAAGAAACAAAAUAAAAUGUCGAGGUGUCACAGACUCCUUGAGAACUGACGACCUGGUAAGGACAGUUGGUCUCUGGAGGGGUGAGUGCAGGGUUUAAACGAAGCCUCUUAAUCCCUCCCUCGAACCCGGAGUAAUAAGAUUACAGGAAUCUUGUGUCUGACAAUAGCUGAUAUGAGAGGUGGCUUAGAGGGUGAUGUUUCCAGAGGGGGCACUAGUGUAACUAACUGUAUAUAUAUAUAUAUAUAUAUAUAUAUAUAUA